AUGUAUACCAGCCUCAUGGAUGCCGCUAGUGUGCUUGAACAGCAAACCCAGAGUAUGUCUAACCUUCCGGUGGAGUUGAAAUACCUGCUUCAACAGAUGAGGGAGAAAGACAUGGAGGUCUAUGAAAUACGAAGAAAGAUUCACCAGAGUGAUGGGCAGCUACAAAAGUACAUUAAACAGAACGGUUCACUUGUUGAACAUCCAAAAGAACAGCAGAUGUACAGCAAAAUCGAAGAUGGAUACAGAGAAGCAAGCAGAUUGCAAAAGGAAAAGUGCGUCAUAGCGAAUACGGCAUUAUACUUGCUUGCCAAGCAUCUUGCAUCUCUAGAAAAGGACUGUGUAAAGUUGGAGGCGAGUGGCGAACCGAAAAUUUUGGGUGUGGACCCAGAAUCAAUGUCCAUAGAUCUGGACUCGGUAUCUUCGUUGACUAACGGUUUGAUUCAGGCAUCCUUGGAUGGGUCGACAUCACCUAUAUCCUCUUCCUAUGAUCGUAGUGGAUCGCGUAGAAGUCAGUCCAGAAGAUCACAGUCCAGAUCAAGGUCUCGUUCCGGAAGCUCAGAACGCAGUCCAAGUGUCAGUUCGUCAUCCGCUUCGUCUUCUAUUAGAAGACGGUUCAAGUCUGAGGAACCUUUAGGCCCUGUGACCCCUAAAGCAGAGGCCGGGCUCAGUCGUGUUUCUGGAAGAAAGAAGCUCGAAAGAGGCGCCUCUGGUACUGUUACGAUUCCUAAAAAUGCUUCUGGAAGAAAUAAAUUGUCGGUAUGA